AUGGAUGCAGUUGCAAAUAGCGAUUCAAUACGUGCAGCAUUUGUAUAUUAUAAUGUUCCCUAUACUACUUUGAAGUCUCAUUCGAAUAAUCUUAUUUCGUAUUAUCAUGUUGGUCGACCACCGAAAUUUGAUAAAGAAGAAGAGCUUCAUCUAGAACAAGCAGCUUUAGCUUUACAAGGAUACUUCUCAUUGUUUUCUAUGAUAUUUAUAACAUUCUUUUAA